AAGGCGACUGCGCUGGCUCGGCCGAAGGGAGGAGGUUUCCCGAGGUUCCGGCUGGCUGUUGCCCGAAGCGCGGAUUCGGCUGGGUUGGUGCGGAUCCGGAGCGCGGGUGACUAGGGGGCGCCACUCGCCUGUUGGAGCCGCUCCGCCCGUCCCAGCAGGGACUUGCUCGGCGAAGGAAGGCGGACGAAGACAGGAGCGCAAGCCGAGGAUGUGGCGGUGGGAUGCGCGGGUGACGAAUCUCUUCAAGAGGAACCUUCAGCCCACGCUGACCUACUGGAGCGUCUUCUUCAGCUUUGGCCUGUGCAUCGCCUUUCUGGGGCCCACCCUGCUCGACCUGCGCUGCCAGACCCAGAGCUCGCUGUCGCAGAUCACCUGGGUCUUCUUCUCGCAGCAAUUCUGCCUGCUGGUCGGGAGCUGCUUGGGCGGCGUUUUCAAGAGAACAUUGGCCCAAUCUCUGCUUGCUCUCUUUGCCUCAUCCCUUGCUAUUUCUGUGGUUUUUGCCAUCAUCCCUGUCUGUCACAAUGUGGUGGUUCUUGCGGUGGUCAUGGCUGUGGCUGGGCUGGCCAUGGGGUGUAUUGACACACUUUCCAAUAUGCAGCUGGUGAAGAUUUAUCAGAAGGAUUCAGCAGUCUUCCUGCAGGCCCUUCAUUUUUUUGUGGGCUUUGGUGCCCUGCUAAGCCCUCUGAUAGCUGAUCCUUUUCUGUCAGACACCAACUGCAUCCUAGCAAAUGGCACAGCCAGUGGUAGCAGCAACCUUCCUCACAUCCGGAAGUCAUUGGUCCCACAUCAUCCUGGGAACCUGACACAUUAUGACCUACCCAUAAAAGGACUGGUGGUGACCAGAGUGUCUUAUGCUUUCUGGAUUAUGGCUCUGAUCAACCUGCCUGUCCCCAUUGCAGUAUUCUUUUUGCUGUACAAGGAAAGGCUUGUGCCAUGUUGUCCCACUGGCAGUCCUCCACUGUUACCUGCAGAUGAAUUGGCAAUGGAAACACGGAUAACUGACAAAGAUGACUCUUCUACUUCCUCAUCAAAAAUCCAACUAGAAAUAGGGCAUGAUGACUUCUUUGGAUGCUGCCAAAGCAAGAAUUUCAGAGGACUUCCUUGUUCUUACUUUGGUGUCCAUGUGACUGGAGCUCUUCUCCUUUUUAUGACAGAUGGGAUCCUGGGCGAAUACUCUGGCUUUGUGUACAGCUAUGCAGUAGAGGAGCCACUCUCGGUGGGACACAAGAGGGCUGGCAACCUGCCCAGUCUCUUCUGGGGGUUCAUCACACUGGGCAGACUCAUUUCCAUCCCUGUCUCCUACAGAAUGAAGCCAGCAACCAUGGUUUUCAUCAAUGUGGUUGGAGUGCUUAUAACCUUCUUCCUGCUCCUAAUUUUUUCUACCAGUGUGGUUUUUCUCUUUGUGGGGACUGCCUCUCUUGGCCUCUUCCUCAGCAGCACAUUCCCCAGUGUGCUGGCCUACACUGAGGACAUUCUCCAGUACAAAGGCUGUGCCACUACUGUAUUGGUGACAGGAGCAGGAAUUGGAGAGAUGGUUCUGCAGUUGCUGGUAGGGUCGAUCAUUCAUGAUCAAGGAAGCUAUAGUUUCCUGGUGUGUGGAACCAUCUUUGGAGCUUUGGCCUUUACUUUCUACAUCUUCCUUCUAUUUUUCCACAGGAUUCACCCUCAGUCCCAAUCAGAUAUGGAUGUAUCACCUGACAAGCAGCCAGCAGUAGGCGAACAUGGACUUUAUCAGAGCUAAAUAAAACAGCAAGUUCUUACCUGGAUCAAGCACAUGGUCAUUUCAGCUGAAAAAUUUGUUAUCAAAGCCUGAUUUGAAACUACCUGAUUUUUCUACAACUGAACUCGAUUACAGUUCAUUCCCAUUUAUGGUUAGAAGGGAAUGGUCAGAACAACAAAGACCAAGGGACAAUCUGCAGAAUCCUAAAGAGGCCAAAUUUUUGAUAUAUGAUCAAUUAAAGUCCAUUCAAAAGCACAGCUGAAGAAAAAUGUACUACUAUCAUUUUACAAACCUUGCUGACAGGAAACAGGGAGUGGGGAUAGGGAUAUACUAGUAUUUUAUAUGUAGGAAGUUUUGGAAAGCACCCUUCUUAAUUACGUAUGCUGCAAACUCUUUGUUGCAGGAAAAUUUUAAAAAUCUCUACCCUUGGUAGUGUACAUAGCCAGAAUAAAUAUGUUGUUAUGAAAUUGCCACCCAGCUUGAAGUAUUCAAGUUUUGUCUAUCCCCAGAUGGGAUUUUACUAUGUUCUGAUGGUGAAAAGCCUUAGACACUGUAGAUAGUAUAGUAUACAAUUCAAGUAAAGGUGGAUUAAGCUUGAUUGAAUCAGUAUAAGCUGGCCUUUUAACAUUAGCCUACUAAAUGGUAUAAGCCAGAUGGGCUACUUUAUUUGUCAGAAAAACCCAAGUCCUGAAGUAUUAAAAAAUUUAAAAUACAUGAAUUCAAAUGUUACGUCUCUUGCAAUUGUGCAAUAUUGUAUAAUAGGUGCCUUCCAGGAAGAGAACUUGAGAAGUUCUAAAUAAGUGGUGGCUAUUCUCAUGACCGGCUCAGAUGAAGGUAAUGGGAUAGGUGGGAAUUGCAAAUACUGUGCCAGGGGUAUACAUCUGUAUGUAUAUAUGAAGGAAUGUUAAAUAUGGUAUUGUUGCAUGAACUUGUGAAGUGACCAAGAUGGAACUCAGCAACAUUACUUAAGCUAUUUUUUCUAAGAGGCUUGUUGCACUUCUCAUUUCAAAAUUGUAUAUACUAAAUUUGUAUUGCAAUGUGGCUUUCAGAUUGCUAUGUUGCAUGGGUAUGCACCCUCAUCUUUGAUUUCCAUGUUGUUUAAACCUUAAAAUAUACUGUCCUUAUUACAGAGCACGUGUACUCAAGUUUAUAUAUUCAGAUGAGUGUAAACUUUUCUAAUUGCCCAUUUCUAGAUUUUUAGAUUUCUAGACCAGAAGGUCAAUAUUAGCAUCAAUUUCAUGUGUGAAAAUUCUGGCAUUAUGCAAAGCUGAAGCUGAUGAAGAUAGAAGCUUCUGCUGCUAUAAAAGAAAGGUCUCCAUACCGUAUUAUCUGCAAGCUAUUUUAAUAUGUGAGAGUGAAAAAAAUAAUUAUACAGGUAAUAUAUUAAAAUUAAGAAUAAAUUUAAAUUUGCCCACCUACUUGCUGGAGUGCAGCAUCCAAUCUAUCACUUAAUAGCCAAAUAUAGCUCAUACCAAAAUACAAAUGAGGAUUGAAAAUUUUAACCUUCAAUCAUGUUGUUUGCUUGAUUUGCAUUUAUAAAUGUUUAUUUUGAUUGUAUUUAUAAAUCAGUUUAUUUUGAUUGCAGUUUGAAUUCAGAGUUUGUGGUUUGUAAGAGAUGGUUUAGUAUGUCAUAUAAAUGCAGCCAAUUGUGAUUUAUUCUAUAAUCCACAUUAAGCAAAGUAUGGAUCAACAUAUUGUGUGAACUCAGUCUGAGUAAAACAAUCUGCAACAAAAAUGUUUUUUGUAGAUGCAGCCUAAGACAAAAAAAAUGUGAAAAAACUGUUACAUUAUUAACAAUCUUUGCUUUGGAGAGUCUUUUAUCAAUUGAUUCAACUCAUAAAAGACGCUAUUACUACGUAAAACGUGCUGCAUUUCAAAACAAUGUUGCAUCUGGAAAACAGGUGUUCCAAAUUUGAGGAAGUAUCAUUCAAAAUGCUUUGCAGGUCCCUAAGAGACAUUUAGCAAGUAAUAUUCUUCAAAUUGCUUAACAGAGUUAUUUCAAAGUCUGUAGUAUAGGAGGUCCAGAAUUAGGCUCUUGUUAUCUUUAAAAUUAUAAACUUUAACUAGCAAGCCUGCAUCAAACUGUCCAUUCUGCAUCUAGAUUAUCAACCUGAAAACCUGAGUUAUUGCUUUAUUUAUUCUUUUUUCUAGACUGCUCAAUGGCCAAAGCUCUCUGGAUACUAAAAAUAUAAUUUGAAUAAAACUAUAUAAAUAAAAUCAAAUAACAAAAAAACAAAAACACCAAAGCUGUACAAAGAUAAUUCAAAAAAUGGAAUUAAAAAACAAAGAGCCUUGGAAAACAAAAAUGUCUUCACCUGGAACCAGAAUGAUGUAUAUAUGGAUGCCAGUCAAGCCUUCUUGGGAGAAGAUCCAUAAAUUGGUAUCCACCACAGAAAAAGUUCUCCCUCUUGUAAAGGCCCAUUGGAGGAGACCUAGAGAGCCUCAUGAGAGGACUUUAAGGCCUGGUAUACAUAUGAGAGAUAACCCGAAGUGCAAGACACCCAUUAGGACAGGCAGGGUACCAUUUGGCUGGACAGACCUGCCACCCAUAAAUAGGAUUUCUGUCUUCUCUAUACUAAGUCUCAGUUUAUUGGCCCUCACCUAGUCCAUUACUUGCCCUACCGCUAAUUCAGAACACCAAGCACCUCACCUAGUUAGACGAAAAGGAGGUGGAGCUGAGUGUCAUCUGCUUAUUGAUGACUGAUAUAUCCUCAGCUGACACCUUCUCCCAACAGUCACAUGUAGAUCAGUGUUUCUCAACCUCAGCAACUUUAACAUGUGUGGACUUCAACUCCCAGAAUUCCCCAGCCAGCAGACGUUUAAAUCCAUACAUCUUAAAAUUGCUCGCAUUGAGAACCACUGAUGUAGAUAUUAAAAAGCAUAACUGAGCUCUGAGAGAUUCAAAGGUCCAACUGCCAUGAGGCAGAAAUCAUCCAUUAAUUAUUAAUAUUAAUGCAUUUAAUAAAUCCCACAGCAUGUCCUUCUGAAAAUGGCCAAAUAAAGUGGAAUCAUUCUAGUACAGCGUGCAUCCCAACUUUGACAAUUUAUCUAGGAGAAUAUCACAGUCAGUGGUAUUGAAAGCCACUGAGAUGCCUAAGAGGAACAUAAUAUGGUCAUAAUCCCUAUGUUGUGUUCCCAAGUCAUCCUACAGGGUGGCUUUCUUUUCCAUAACCUGAAACCAGACUGAAACGGAUCUAAAAUAAAUCAGUUUCACCUCCAAAAGUCAGGAAUUGAUACCACCUGGUGAAGCACUUUGCCACAUUGACAAAGAAGCAAACUGCUGCACAUACUGCAAUCUACAAUGAGAACUCAGCACCUGAAUGACUUUCUUCCAUUUGUGAGGCUGUGAAAUAAAUAUGAAGCCUGCUAAAACUGAGAUAUGAUUUAUGAAAAGGAAACACUGCACUGAUUGGCUAUUAGAAACACAGGAAGGAAGGGAUUUUGAUUCAGUCACUUUAAAAGCAAGGUAUAUAAGUAGCACGAAAUAAUCCUAACCUAGUGAAAGGGGACUAUAUUCAGCCCUUGGUGCUAGAUCACUUCACACUGCAAUCUAAAAGGAAACUUCAAAAAACACAAUCACCUUGCUUGAUUGCUUAUUGCUUCUUUGUUGUCCUUCAUCAAGACCUUCAGAGCCAGCUCUAAGAGGUAUAGGAAAGGGGCUAGUUGUUUUUGAGUUUGGUGGUCAAAUGCUUAUCACUGCCACAGGGCAUUCUUUGCACUUAUUUCUCUGGUCUUAUUUCUUCGAUAGGGCAAUCUUCACUAUCCAUAAAAAAAUAAUCACCUGCAAAUAUCUCUGAAAAGCUUAUUACAAAGGGGUUAUUCUGUUCUUGCAAAGCAAGACUUUCAAACUGAAUCCUAACACCACAGUAAUAUUUUAAUGUGCAAAGUCUCAGAUUUCAAUAGGGUACUCUAUGAUGAACAUGUCAUUUAAUCACAUCCAAAUGCAAGAACACUACCAUAGAGGCAGGCUGUAAAUUUGUACUAUAACAUAUUAAAUUUAGAUAACAAUUGGUUAUAUCACCUCUAGCAAAAUAUUUUUAAACAUUAAAUAUAUAUUUUAAAAUAAAUUGUACAGUAGUGGCAUAGUCUGUCUACAGUGGAAAAAAAAUAAUAUUCCAACAUAAUUUUUUGUUAAAAAUAUUUAUUUUAAAAAAUACAAUAGUUUUGUACGUUUUUUUGCACAUACAUAUUGACAUGAUUUACUACAAUGUUUAAAACAAACCCACAUUAUUAAACAAAGCAAAUCCCUUUAGCAGUUCUUAAAGAAAAUAUUUAACACUUCCCCCAACUCUUGUAAAAAGAAAGAUUGCUACAACUUUUUUCUUGCAAAAAGUUUAAGCAAUAGGGGGAAAAAAAGACCUGAUUUCUCAAGGAGCAACUUCAUUAUAUUUGGAUGCGCAGUAACUAAUAUAUCAUUUUUUAAAGCAACUAGGCCUCCAAACUGUGCUUGAAAAAUGUAACCUUGUAAGCUCUGAAUCAGAUUUGGUUAAUUAAAAUUAUUACUGAAGAUAUAGGUUUUUCUCUUUUUUUCUAAACACCUUAAGAUUAUGAAGGUCUCCCAAAUGCCUUCUCUAGAGAAGUUUGUAAUCAAGAAAAUAACACUGAAAACGUACUUAGAACUUUGGCUAUUCAUGCAAUUUUAUUAUAUAUUAACAUUAUUUUACAAAAUGGCAAUAUACUAAAUAUAUAAAACAUAUUAGGUUUUCAUUUUAAAAAAAA